CACAUUUAGAGAGGCUUUAGUAUCAACCCACUCCACGGGAAGGCAGGAGAUGCUUGGAGACAAGUAGGUCAUGGGACACAGAUUGUCCCGAAUCAGCAGGAAAAGAUGGAUCUGGAGCAGGCGGGCACAUUUCUGUGAACAGACGGGCAGGAGGAGAUCUGCUGUCUCACCAUUGCCAAAUUCCAUGGGAAGACAGAACCGACGCCAGUUUGCUCCUGAACAGAGCCCUGGUCAAGCCCUCCAUUCUGGAGCACCCAAGCCCAGGGAUGCAAAGGCUGGGAGCCCUGCCAGAAUGGGAAUCUGGGUGGCAGAAGCAGAGCUAUUCAUGCCUUUAUACAGUGACAGGGCUGAGCCUGCCAUGGGGUCAGGGCUCCAUGCUGCCUGGGGGCUGCUCCUGCACCCCAAUCCCACAGCAACACUCGGGAGGCCACCUGUGACGGAUGAGGUGGAGGGACACAUCCUGCCACCAUCGUUGCUGGCACUGUGCUGCCCCAGAAUCCCACUGCCACUGCUGGAUGGGAGCCGGGAGGUGACCCCAGGCCUUUGAAGGGCCGCAGGACAGCCCAAAAACCUUCCCCAGCCUGAUCCUGAGGGGCUGAGCGUGAGGCUGAGGGCCACUCCAUCCCCAAGGUGCUGGCACUGAGGGAAGGGAAGGAGACAGAGACAGCCAGGAUUUAUGCUGCCAGCACAGGAGCAAAGAGAGGAGGGAGACAGCCAAGGUCAGAGAGAGCACUGCCAAAAUUCACAAUGAAACUGCAGGAGUGCUGGAGGGGAGAGACAGAGGGCUUGGAAAGAAAGGGAAAGGGCGGGGGAGUCUGGGACAUGGAGCAGGGUGAGGGAGCCAGACGGGGCUGCCAGGGAUGCGCACAUGUCACUGCUCAGAAGAAAUUAUUAACGUGGAUAAGAGGGACAGCAAAUGGGAGCCUCAGGCAGGCAGAGGAGGACAGCAGGAGCAGGAAUGUGAUGAAGCUGGAUGGGCUGUAUACCUGGCUCUGUCCCCCAGCACAGCCCUGUGCAGCACAGCCCAAUUUUGGGGUGUGCACAGCUGUCUGGUGCCCCCUGGCAGUGCUGACCCUGAUCCAGCCCCAGCACUGAGGUGAAGCUUCUUUCCUGCCUCCUUAGCAUUCAGAGCAUCCCAUGGCAGAGCGAGCGCCCGCAGCCAGCAUGGCUCAAGGUGACUCGGAGGUCAGGGAAGAAGCAGCUGGGCAAUUCAGGAGCUGGCUCCACACCAUCAAGAGAUCCAGCAGUUUGGGAGGACCAGCGGUGCCUGGCACAUCACAGCCUCUCCGCCUGUCACUGCUGGUCCCUGUGUGACACAGACACAGCACCCCAGUGCUCCCCACAGGGCAGGGGGGUUCUGAUUCUGCAAAUUGCUCCUAGGAGCUGUUGUCACUGCCCAGGCAGGCAGGGCUGGACAUCAGCCUCAGCACUGGGGAGGUCUGGAGCAGCACAGUGGGCACCAGAGAGGGCAAUUUCCCUCUCAUAGGGUGUGGAACACCCAAGCAGGUUUGGUGCCUUGGCAGGGGCAGUGGACAUCUGCUUUGGGGCUCAUGGGAGGUUCCUCCAAGUCCCCGUUGUGGAUACACCAUUCCAAGGGUGGUUUAUAGCAAAAAAUCCCUUCCUCAAACAUCUGAGCCCCAGCCCAGUGUUCCCACUCUGCCCAAAGGCAGAUGGAAGGACAGAGCCCUGCUUCCCACUAUGACCAACUGCAGAGCCACACUGGGAAGAGGCUCAGCACUUUCUUGGUGAUAAUUAAGAUCUCGUUAUCUUCAGAUAACACCAGGGAGACAGGGAAAACCACAGGUGCCUUGUGAUAUGGCAACAGCUGAUGCACUGGGCUGUGCCUGGGAGCAGCGGGAGCCUUGCUGUGCUCUGCCUGAAUAUAAAGCAUGGAAAGCACGAAGCAGAGGGUUGCAAACUAAUUUUUCCCUGUCUGACGACACUUAAGUGUGCAAACAUACUGCCUUCUGCUCUCGGUGGUGGCUGGGGCUGGUGCAGGUGGGUGGCUGCAAACCUUUCCCCUUCUCCCUCUGCACAGAGGUCCUGUCUGAAGAUCUGGGUUUUUGGGGAAUUUUUGUGUUUGUUGGUUUUGUUUGGGGUUUUUUUUCUCUUUUUUUCCUCUUUUCUUUUUCUUCUGCAAAUUUCCUUCACAAGGGAGUUUUAUCAGACGUGCCUGGAGCCACAGAGGAGCUGCUCACCUGGAGAGAAAGAGAUGGAUGGGGUGGUGCCUGCAAGCCGGCUCUUAAAAUGUCAAGGGUGAAAGGGGUUGGGAGAAGAGGAGGGGAAGUACAAGGAGAGGAGGAGAAGGAGGCAAGAUGAGGAGAGGAAGGAGAAGGACGAGAGUGAGACUGUUCUCCUCUCUUAGGAACCUGAAAUGUGGGGCGCAGCACCGUGCUCCCGGGGAUGUGUGGGCGCCCCCAGGGAUGUGUGUGUGCUCCCGGUGAGCCCCAGGAAGGAAUGGGGAGUAGUUUCCAGCGGCAGGGCCCUGCCGGAGGCUCCAGAGCUGUGCAGGGCCGCAGCGAGGGGACACAAGCCCUGCAGGACCGCGGCCGGGGCUGCCGCGAACCGGCGGCUCCGAGGACGGUACCGGGACCGCCCUGCGGCGCCUUCCCGCCCUUGGCUGAGCCGCGGCCUGAGGAGGGCCCGCCCGCCCCGCCGAGCCCCCGCGCCCCCUCAGCGCCCGCUAAUCCCCGCAGUGCCGAGCUGGGCUCCUUCAGAGCUCGGCUGGGCCCCUCCAUCCCUCAGGAUCCCGCUAAAUCCAACACCACCACCACCACCCCCAGCCCGGCGUUGUCCGGGCACCCUGUCCCCUCAGAUCCCACUAAAUCUCCUCAUCCCCUCAGCGCCCGUCUGGGUCACUAAAUCCUCCCCCUCCCGUCCCCUCAAGGUCCUGCCAAAUCUCCCCCUCACCGUCCCCCUCCUCUCAGGGUCUCAGUAAAUCCUUUCAUUCCCUCAGUGUUCUCAGGGUUCCCCCAUCCCCUUGGCACCCAGCUGGGUGUCCCCAUCCCCUCAGGAUUCUACUAAAUCUCCCCGUCCCCUCCUGAUCCCACUAAAUUCAUCCAUCCCCUCAAUACCCACCUGGGUACCACAUCCCCUCAGAUCCCAGUAAAUCCUCCCAUUCCCUCAAUACCUACCUGGGUUUCCCCUGCCCCCAAUCCAGUCAGAUCCCAUAAAUCCCCUCCUCCCCAUAGCACCCAACUGGGUCCCCCAUUUCCUCAGAUCCCAUUAAACCCCUAGUCCCACUUGGUGCCCCAGGACCCAUUUCCCAUUGGAAGGGGGAAUUUCCCAAGGGGAAUUUCAGCAGGGCUGCCCUGCAACCCUUGGCCAGGCACCAUGUUCUACGUCCAUUUGCUCAUCAACAAGCGGGGGCCGCUGGCCAAAAUCUGGCUGGCUGCCCACUGGGAGAAGAAGCUCACCAAGGCACAUAUCUUUGAGUGCAAUUUAGAGGACACCGUGCAAAAGAUCAUCUCCCCAAAGUUUGCUAUAGCUCUGCGAACCUCUGGACACUUACUCCUGGGAGUGGUGCGGAUUUACCACAGGAAAGCCAAGUACCUCCUGGCAGACUGCAGCGAAGCUCUGACCAAGAUGAAGUCAGCCUUUCGCCCAGGGCUUCUUGACCUUCCAGAAGAGAACUUUGAGGCUGCUUAUCAGUCCAUUACAUUACCUGAAGAAUUUCAUGAUUUUGAAACACCACUACCAGAUGUAAAUGCCAUCGAUGUUGCUGAACAUUUCACCUUGAAUCAGAGCAGAGCUGAAGACAUCACACUUACAGAGGAUUACGAAAGCAACAUACCUCUCUGUGUCAGAAACUUUGAGGAAGAAGCAGAUGCACUGAGAAGGCAAAGCUUCUUUGAGGGCAGCUUCCUGACGAGCAGCAACAGUCUGGUGACUGAUCACAACUCGGCCAGUGCCAGUGGAGAUAAGUCUGUGCUGCACGAAGAUGUGUUCUGCUUCCAGCAUGACCGUUUUGGAGAUGAGGAGGAUGCUGCAGAUAUGAUUGAAAUCCUGUUGAGGGAUGAGCAAAAUGGCCUAGAUAGAGAUAUUCUGGAUAUAGAAGAAGCGCGUCCUUUGUCACCAGAUCUGCCAGAGAACAGCACAAACAUUGAGUCCAACUGUGCAGACACCACCAUGAAGGAUGUAAGUCACACAAUGAACGAGACAUUCCUUUUGUUCAAAGAAGAAGGAUUUGUGCUUGAGCCAGUCGAUGACACAGCUGUGACCUCGAGGAAAAAAAACAAAAGAAAGAGGAAGUUGCUGGUGGAUGUACAUAAGGAGCUCAGCUGCAGUGCCAUUUACAACCAGCUCACCAACUGCACAGACAUCCUGGCCACGCUGGACCUCGCUCCCCCAACCAAGAAAACGAUGAUGUGGAAGGAGUGGGGAGGUGUGGAUAAACUCCUGUCCCACUCCACACAGCCUGUGGUUCACGCUGACCUGCAAAAGUUGUUUGAAAAAUGCUUCAAGAGUGUCAGAUUUAAGAUGAGAGGAGGUAGAGUACAGAGGGUCUCUGAAAUAGAAGAAAUGCGAAAAGACCAAGAUACCACAGGGAUGCUGCCAGUAGAAGAGCCAAGUUACCUGCAGGAGUCAGCUCAUUCUGAGACUGAGAGAAAUAUUAGAAAUGACUCCUUUAUGGUUAUUCCACCACAGAAUGCCAGAAAUGAAACCAAUGGGAACUGUGAUGAAACUAUACUGGAUGGAGCAGCUUUCUCCGAGAGCUCAAAAACUUCCUUGGGCCAGGAAGCUGAAGAACAGCAGGUGGAGGUGCCAAAGGAGCAAAAAAGGAUCAAGAAAGACAGUGAAGAAAUAAAAUGGAGCAAAAGAACUCUUCAGUUACACAAAACUUUACAGCAACUGAGGACAUCAGGCUCGUGCUCCUUCAGUUUUCGGGAGCUCUGUCGGAACAACAACCGGAAAGAAGCUGCAGCCAAGUUUUACAUCUUCCUGGUCCUGAAGAAGCAGCUGGUCCUGGAGCUGCGGCAGCGCGAGCCCUUCGCCGACCUCACGGCCACGGCCGGGCCCAUGUUUGACAGAAUCGUCAGCUCAUCAAGGCACACCUGAAGUUACACCUUCUCAGCAAACAGUUUUCCUGGGAAAGGGGUUGAGUGCCUUGUCCAACCAUGGGAGCUGAGCAGAGCUCCCUGUCAUUUACACCAGGCAGCAGUGGCCCGUGUGGGUGUUCACUGCUGCCCCAGGUGUUCACUGCUGGGCUUAUCUUUAAUAUUCAUGGUUAUACGAUGGUUAUAUGAUAGGUUAAUAAGAUACCACUAACAUAUAUUCUACAUAGGAGAUUUACAUUGUUGGGGAUUUUAUGGAAGUCCUUAAAGGAAUUUUAUAAAAGUCCUUGAAGGGAUUUUAUAAAGUCCUUCAAAACGUUUCUCAUAGACCACUUUUGGAGAUUAAAUUGUUUUUAUGGAGGCUUGUGUCUGUUAAUCCUCUCACACCAUCAGUAAGAGACAUCUGUUAACUUUCCUUAGCAAAAAAUUUAGUCUAUUUAAAAUUAUUCCUUUCAAAGAACGUUCAGUAUUUGAUAUUUUAAGAUCUAGCAAGGUCCUGUCUCCAGUGUUGCUUUUGUGUGUCCAGAGAGACAGAGGUUACACUGGCCCUGGAAGUGUCCAUAAGUUUCAGGAAGAAAUUCUAUUACCCAGAAGUCCUGCAAUUUCAGAUUUCAGAGAUAGUUUACUUACUAGCACCUUUAUUCAUGUGUAGAUGUACUUAAAAAUUGAUGUUAACUGAAAUAUUACUAGUUCCUUGUAUUUUUGUCUAAUUUAAGAUAAAUUUUACCCCUUUUACUGUCAUUUUCUGAAGCUCUUGGUUUCCAGGUGGCCCCAACAGACACCAGAGGAGUGGUUGUGCCCCCACUCAGGUGCUCUGGUGCUGUGGGGACACUACUCUCCCUUCAUGUGGAAUCAAUAAAAAUUAGAUGUUUCCUUCA